ACCAGAGUAAUGACAUACUAUUUUGACUCGCUAAGGCAAAAGACUGUUGAGUGAGAUUAGCACCAUGUCAUGUAUUCACCCUUGAAGUUCAAUGCUGUAAUUACAGUCUAAUCUUUCAAAAUGGUUCACUUGGAUUCAUAAUUUCACUGUCGUUUUCAAAUUUGUAGACAUUACUGAGAUUUUAAACAAGUGGUGAUAGUUUGUAGUUACUAUGCAAAUGCAGUGAUUGGGUACCGGUCAGGUGAGGGCUUGGAAAUAUUUGGUUGUGCCUCGCAUGUAACGAAAUGUUCCCAGUAGUGAGUAAAAUGCAGCUGUUGGAUCACGCGGUCUUUGGAUGUGUAAAAGUUUGACUGUAAAUCUAAUUUAAGCCCCUGACUGUCUCUUUAAUGAAAGAUUGAUAUUUGUGUAGACUGAACAGUUUACCAUGUAACAUUUCUGGAUCUCUGGACAUCUACAUUGAAAUGUUUAAUCCAUAGUAUGGCAUUAAACAUCUAUCUACAUUUUAUUUUAAAUUUCAAAUGUCUUUUUGCUUAAAGCAUACCUUGAUAAACAUACAUUAUACUGUGACUCCACAGAUCUGCCCUGUAACUUGACCUAGUGGCAUCCAUCUUAUCUUCUUUAAGAAAAAGUUUAAUGCCAUACAGUCGAACACACCAAGAAAGGUGAUGUAGUGCAGCUUUUAACUGGCUUAUCUUGACAUAUAUAAAAACUACAGUAGUAGCGUACUCAGCUGACUCUAAUAAUAAUACUAAAAAUAAUAGCUACUUGAUAUAACCUAUUCCUAUCCUUUUUCUAGGCCUAUAUUUAAAAAACAACUAUUCAAAGCCCAAGUCCAGUCAAUUACCUUAAAACUAAGUAUCUAAAAUAUGGGCUCAUUACAGAUAGCCUGUUAACCCCACACUAAAUUCUUGUGUUUACUAGGUUUCUCAUUCAAUCCCAUAUGGCUUACUAUUUGAUUGAGUAAUGCUUGUCGGUACAUAUGACUUGUUAACUUGAAACCACCAAACACUGCAGACUCCCCCUCCCUCCCUGUGUGGUGUCAGAGCUAUUUCAGGCUUCCAUGCAGUUAUUCAUUUCCUCUAAAUCUCCCUUAAGCACAAAUAGAAGCAGGACACUUUGAACUCCGGAGCUGGGAUCAGGACUCUGCCACACGGAUACCACACAAGGAAUAUUUGUGUCAUACCGCUAUGUCUAAGGAAGUAAGGAAGAGUCCAGUGUCCGACUGUUUGUGUAGAAGAGCAGUGUAAGCGGAUACCGGCUUGUGUUGAUGGAGUCAGUUGAAGUCCCGGGUCAGUCCUCGUCUAACUCUGAUGAUGAGUUGGACAGGACCCCUGCUCCAGACUCGUCCCGCCACACCACUCACACAGGGAGGCAGAGUGCACUGUGUGGUAUGGGCUACGGCUUUGGGGUGGCCUGGAGACACUUGAGGCCCUUUAUCCCUUUCUUCUUGAUCAGCUUCAUGGUAGUGGCCCUGGUUUUCUUGAUGCAGCAUAUCAUCUAUGGAGGGCCCUUUAAAGACCCCCUUUUCUUUGUCAAGUUUAAUGAACGUUGGCCAAGGCCCAGCCUAAACACACAGGAGGGCCAGUGGUCCACAAAACUCUUCAUUCCUGUACCCUCCUUGAACUCACCAACAGAAAAUGGGACAAUGUGAGGACAUUGGGGUUCAGAAUUGUCUUGUAACAUGUAUUUUAUUUUAUUUAUGCUUGAUAACUUAAAAAAAAUGUAUGAAUAUGUGUUUUGUUUUUCAUCACAUUUGAUUGUCUCAAACUAAUCUUUGGUUUAGAGGUCUGUUAAAUUAAAUUUGAAAGGCUAACCAAAGCACUUUCAAUCUUGAAAAUAAUGUUAGUAAUUUAUUGUCAGUGUUUUUUCCUCUUUUUAAUCACACUGAUGCCCAUGGAUAAACUACUGCAUGUUUUAUUGUAUUAUUAUUUAAUAUGAAAGCAAAACCAUUUGAUUUGCCCCACUGAAUGAACUAUUUCAGUCAGCAGUCUAUGGCAUGAAUCUAUGGUUUCUGAAUGUGUGGUUGGCUGCUCUUUGUUACACUGACCCCCUCUCGCGGCCAAUAAAGUACAGUUGAGUUCGCUUUUGGAAGACCACGCUGAUCACUGACCUUUAUGUUUGGCCUCAAACCAUUCCAAUAUCAUUUUAAAUAUCACGAUUUAAUCCUCUUUUGCACAUUUAAAUUGCAAUUUGAUAAAAGGAACCAGGCCAUUUCAAACUUUGUGAAGUCAAUGUACUUGCAUAGAAAAAUGUGGUGUUACCAAAAACCGGGCUUUGAGACCCUGCUCCUCGCUCAGCUGCAGAAACAACAGCAGUCCAGUCAGUUCUGUGACACUGUGCUCAAAGCUGAUGGAGUGUCGGUGCCCGCUCACAGCUGUGUGCUCUCGGCUAUCAGCUCUCAGUUCUCUACUGCUCUCUCUCAGACACCUGCCCUGGGCCAGAAAAGACUCCUGGAGUUUGGGCCUCUGGGAGCAAGCACUCUGCUGCACAUGGUCCGGCUGCUGUACUCGGGGGAGAUGGUCGGAGAGGGUGAGAGAGAGAGGCAAGAGGCUGUUUCUGCUGCAUCCAAACUUGGUAUUCAUGGGCUUGUGGAAAUCUCACACAUUGAUGGUGAAAACAGAAAAAUGCGGGAUGAGCGUUUGUUCACAGAGGUGGGAGUGCAGACUGACUCUCGGAUAUUGGAGGAAAAUCAGGUGAAGCUUGGAGGUUGGAAGAGAGAAGUGAGGGAUGGUGCAACCUUCCUCUGGAGAGAGAGACUGCCCACACGAGGCACUGAAAUUUGGACACAGACUGAGGACCUGCAAAUCAGUGGUUCAUCUUGUUCACAACUGCCUGUCACAUAUGAAACCAUUGACUUAAAUGCACUGCAGACUCUGAGUCGCACAGAUCCUCUUCAACUCCCUUAUGUCCCCAUGUCUGUGGCCUAUCCAAAUGAAGACAGUCAUGGCUAUGGACCAUCCUCUGUGUCUGCUGCCACACCAACUCUUCCUGUGCACUACUCUUCAGUUCAUAAUAAUGUUUUUUCUGUCCCAAACCAAGCUACACCCCAUGCUGCAGAGACUUCACACUGGGGCCAGGACAUGGGCAGAACUUCGGAGGUGGAAGAGUGGCCUGAAGAAGAAUUUGAACAGUUUGAAGGAAACAUACCAGGAUUCAUCAACUACUUCCUGAAGCCUGACCAUGAAGAGGACUCUAGUAAGAGACGUGGGAGGAGAAGGCAGGGAGCAGGGGUGGGAGGGGUGAGACAAUCUGGGAUGAGAGGAAGACCAAGAGGGCGAGGUAGAUUGACCCAAACUGUGGAUGUCCAGGAUGUAGGCGUGAGUAAACUUUCAAAGAUGUACCUUGAGCGGUGGGGUGUGUACUUGAACAGAACGGGACAGGGGGGCGGGGUGGUUGGGAGAAAGUUAUAUAUGAAAUCACGAGAGUUUGUGAGGUCUGGGCGAAGUACGCGAAGGCGAAAAGGGCGUGGCAUUGAGUGGGACCUGGACCAGAGUGCCACCAUUCUCAAGUCAGAGAAGCGAAAAAGCGGUAGACCAAGGAAAGCAGUCAUUACACCAGUACAGGCACCGGUCUCUCCUCCUCAAAGGGUUCAGAGGGACACUAAACAGCCAACAGUUCGAAGUUCAGAGGAGCAGCCUGAGCAGAUCGACCAGCUGCUGGAGGAGGUGAUGAUGGGGUUAGAAAUUUUGCCAAAUAAUAACACAAAAUCCCAAACAUUUUCAAGCACCCGUCGCCAUGGUACCCCAGGCACUAUGAAGACAGAGAGGGGACAGUGUGGCUCCACAGCAGUGGUUACCGUGGGGUUCGGAGGCAAAGACCCACCAACCUCUGAGGUGCCUGUCCUCCAGCAGCAGAAUGAGGGGGAGCUCACGGACAUCCUGGACCAGUUCCUUCAGUCCUUUGAGCGUCUAGAAUCGGCUGCUGCACAGAGCUCCUCAGAGUCCACUGAGCUUCACAUCAAUGUAAACAGAUACAGAAAACACAACCAGCUCUCAGUGCUCAAACCACAGCACCCAGCCCUGUCCACACAGACACCCACCCGGCCCAGCACUUCCACACAGUCUGAAACCAGUGGCACUGACAGCCCAAUGGGAACAGCACAGACUUCUGCUCAGCAACGAAAAAACUUAGGAAAAUCUAGCCCUGCCAAGAAACGACCAGUGCGGAGAAAGACGUGCUAUCUGUUGUCUCUGGAGAAGCCCAGGACCAAGUCUAAGAAGAGUGAGGCUUUAAACAGAGAGGAGGUGAAGCAGCGGGUCACCAGGCAGUUGCAGCAGAGGCCUGUGGUCAAACUGGAGCGCAGAAAGACGCUGCCAGACAACAUCAAGGUCCAAGAGCUCAGUCAGAGUCCUGGACCAAGAGCCAAGAAAUGCACAUCCCCAAUGUGGGGCACCAAGACGUACCCCAUCAGGAGCAGGUUUAAGGAAGCACAAAUUAUGGAUGCCAUGCCAUUCCUUGAAGAGCCUGUUUCAAACUGCAGAAUUAAAGCCACAAAACAUGGAUUUCUUACGCUUUCAUCUCCUCCGGGCGUUUCUUUGUCUACUGUCGAAGAACAAAUGGAAAGCAAUGAAGACGAGGCUGGAUCAGACACUAGAGAGUCCGAGCACAGAGGGAGGAAGAGGGCUUCAGACUCUGAUGAGGAGAUGAGCAAUGCUGCUGAAGUAAAAAGAAUUUGUUUUGAUUCAGACGCUGAAGUAAUUGAUGUAGAGACAAUCUCACAGAGCGAUAGAGUACAGAUAAAUAAUACCAGAGAGGAAAGGUCAACUGAUGCAGAAAGCAGUGAUAUUAUUGAUGUGGACAAUUUGGACAGGGAUUUCAGUGAGACUGAACUCAAAAGAGAAACAUUGGUGCACACAGAGGUGAACUGUUCUCUCAGAGCAGACAUCACUGCAGGAGAGCCUGAAGACUUGGAUAGUGACAUUGAUGUGAUUGGCGGCUCAAGCCCCGCCCCGUCUCCAGUGCUCAUCAGUUGGACAGACUCCUCAGAGGCGGAAGAGGACACGGACACAGAUGCUCUGGACCAACAGACGGUGCUGUCUAAAGGGCGACUGGUGCACUGCUAAACAGAGUCUUAAGAAAAAUCACAUGUACAUAUUGUUUUUCUCUUUUAUUGUUGUUCUAGGCUGUUGUGAUUUCAAACCUUUGAUUUCCUUUAACUGUUAAAAUUGAUUGAAAUGGCUAAUCAUUAAUCACAUAGAUUUAUUAGUUUACUAUCUUUUAUAUAUGGUCAAUCUAGCAAAAUGUUUUGUUGUUGGCACAAUAUUGUCCAGAACUCAAGAAUUCAACAAUAAAUUUCCUUUUCAUUAUUAAA